AUGGAAUUUUCCAAUAUUCCCCGACGAUACGGUUGGUAUGCAGUUCUGAUCACGCUAUUCAUCAGUUUGUUCAUGCUCCUACCGGCAACCGCUUUGAUCAUGUGGACUCCAAUUGGUGAUAAGCUUAUUUGUUGGUUUCCGGAACCCUAUCAGUAUAUGGAGUACUACCACACAUUGAUCUCUAAUGCCGCUGUUCUCCAACCGUUGGCUAUCACAGUAAUCAAUAUUAUUAUAUUCUCAAUCAUUCGACGUCUCGCGAAACAGAAGCAGAGUGAAGCGGUUUGGACAAAUCAGGCAAAACAGAGUGUCCGGGCUUGUGUUGUCUUAUUGAUUGUGUCCUGUGUCUAUGUGGUGUGUGCACUGCCACAAAGCGUUGCCUAUAUUUGCGCCUACACUAUCGCUCGAACAGAUCCGUCUCAGACGCGGGCGAUUCGACUGGCCUAUAAUGUGGCCGAUUUGUCGUGGAAUCUGUACUUUUUGCGAGAUGUUGUCUAUUUGAUUGUGAUGUUCCGAUUCAUGGGAAUAUUUCGUUGGUGUUACGAAGUGAUCCGGGGUAGAGAGCACCGGGACGCAUGCCUCAUGUCGGAUACAUUUUUGGGUCAGGACAAUAUGACGAUUAUGCAUUGA